AUGUUAGGCGACGACUCCAUACUGAACCCCCAGAUCUUGUCCAAGGUUUUGUUCUCUGUGGCCAACGUCAUGAGCUUUGCCAGGAUCGCUUACAUCCUGCCGGCCAGCGAGACCUUUGGUCAGCUACAGAUAUCCUACGGCCGGAUGUUACAGGACGUGGGCAAGUUCAUCUUUAUCUACUUCACCGUCAUGAUCGCCUUCAUUUGUGGCCUGACUAGUUUGUACAGCAUAUCUAAGAACGUGCACUUUUCAGGCCUACUAGAGACCACUGGCACCCUAUUCUGGGCGGCUUUCGGCAUGGGCGUCUCCGUGGCACCGGCCAUUGAGGACCAGGUGCAGGAGGGGGAGGCGAGCAGCGGCAAGGACGGGGAGAUCCCAGACAGUGUCAAGUUGAAGGUCGUGGAGGUGGUGGGCUACAUCCUGUACGGCGUCUACAUCCUGGGCGCCGUGGUCGUACUCAUCAACAUGCUCAUCGCCAUGAUGAGCAACACGUUUGAGGACAUUCAGAAAAGCGAGGACAGUGAGUGGAAGUUUGCCCGGGCCAAACUUUGGAUCUCCUUCAUAGAGCAAGGCACCACCCUGCCCAUCCCCUUCAACAUUAUCCCCACCCCCAAGUCUAUCCUGCGUCUGUUCCGCUGGUUCAGGGACUGUGUCUGUUGUGAGGUGGACAGAAAUGAAUGGAAGAAAGAGGACGUCAAACACUAUGAGCUUGAGUACAAGGCGAUAAUGCACCGUGUUGUCUUGAGGUAUAUCCACAAGAUGAAGUUUGAGAAGAAAGGAGAGAGUCUGAAAGAUGAUAUCCUGGACACCCGGGAGGAGAUGAUCUACCAGCUGCACUCCAUGUACGGUCGUCUGGCGGCCAGGCUGGAACUUUUGGAGCGUGACGUCUACUCCAUCUCCAGACACGCAUGGGAUGGAAACGGAAGUCCCACCCACUCGACACUGUCCUACUCCAGGUCCGUCCCAUCCCACCAGGGUAACGACAGUGUACGCAACUCUACAACUGAUCUGCCCAGGGAACCUUUCCUCUACAGGCGACGGUCUUAUUACCACGAGCGUCCCAAGAGGGAAGCUUUAGAAGGCGGCGGGCGGCUCUCUUUAGAAGAAAGACUACGCAAAUAUAGCGGCGAGGACGUGCAUGUCCGGGGGUUUAGGGCGUCCCAGGGCAACAUCCACGAGAUGGACACCAACAUGUCGGACGGAGACAAGAGGUGCAGAAAGGUCAGCAGCGGUCAGACACCCAUACGGAGCAGCACGCCAUCUAUGCUGGCGGGUCAAGGUUGCGGUGGGAAUGCCACGGUGCACGGGAGCGGGGAGCAGACGAGGAAAGAAUCUGUGGCCAGUGCCACGUCACAGUGUCCAUCUGAUGUAGACGAGUAUUCGCUCACACGUAGGGACUCUCACAGGAUUAGGGGAGACGGGGCCUUCAGCCCGCGGCCUGGCGGGGAGCGACGUGGCAGGGACGAUAACCUACGCGGCAGCCGCAAGGGCUACAACUCUAGCCCGAUCUGGAACCAGGGGGUCAUCAAGGAGUCCUCGCUGGAAGACCAGAUCAACAGCAGCGAGGCGGAGAGCUCGUUCAGCGUCCAACCGGAGACUUACGUGGGCGGCGGCAAGCGGAGGGAGACGUACAACCACCCCAACAUUGACGCCCCCUUCGGGCUCCCAGGAGAUUCCAGCGCACAUUCAAACAGCUUCAAAGAAUACCACGAGCCCCGCCCACCAAGAACCGACACCAUCCAGAACCUGGUCCUAGACGUCCACCAGAUACCUUUCACCAAGCUGGAAGCGGGAACGAAUCCCGUCAAAGACAGCCUGUCCCCUACCGAGGAAGACGCCGAGAAGGGCAGACACUGGAGCUGCGCCUCCACCCCGCGCUCUGCUGACGACCGCGCAGGACCGAAGACCUUCACCUUCUCCGUGCCGUGCUCCAGGUCCAACCCCUACGGGUGUAAGCACGAGAGUACCAAAAGCUACAACAGCGACAGCCACAACAGCAGCAACAGCCACAACAACAGCAGCAACAACGAGAGCGACAGCGAGGAUCAGUACGCGGCGAAAAUCUCGAACGUUGCUCUACAGCAGAAAAAUCGUAUGUAUCGAUACCAAGUGAACUCUCGACUCGCUGGUAAAUCGGCAAACGAUACUGAUAUCGACACUCGACCAGAACAGAAACUAGAUCCCGUGGUCUUGACAAACAAUCCAAAUGAGUCGACAUUCAAUAACGGCAGAAAAGUAGGCCACGUCAAUCAUAUCUACGUGCCUGAACCUCAGCCGCGAGACAGUUCUGUAGACCCCAAAACCCGCGAUACUAGCAACACAAAUUCCCAAACGAAUACCCGUUCACAAAGCGAUUCCAUCUUCUACACAAAAGUACCGCUGGAAACUAAAUCUAUUUUUAGCGAAGGAUCCGCCUAUCCCAUUACGUCAUUUUAUCAAAACAGAAAGGACGGCCGACUUCUAACCGCAGAACUAAAAGACGGUUUAAAUGCAAUAAAUGAUUCUGAAUAUGUUACAAACUUGAUUAGGAAUAAUUUAUUAAAACAUAGCUUGAUCCCACUGGCGAAAUCCGAGGUGUUCAACCCGGAUAACGACUCGAAUUUACCGGCUUCAGGGACGGAAAAAGAUUUUGUGGCCUCGGUUCAUCGAGACGCGCCCACCGUUCACGAGGAAGAAGAAGACGACUACAUUGACGCCUACCACGACAUGAAGUCUUACCUCGAGCCGGCACCCGAGGAGCUGGGGAUGGUCCGGCACCACUCGGAGAUGACCCACCACCCCCAGCCCCGGGGCGGGUUCUUAAAGAAACGAGAAUCGCUUCCGGCGGUGCCCGUCGCUGCCAGCAAACACCACCGGAUUUUAGUCAGCAACCGCGACUCUCGGUCUCGCUAUCUGGCAUCCAACCCCUCCCACCAAGACUACCACCCACCGACCACGUGGUACCCGUAUUAUCAGUACCCACCCGAUCAGGACAUGACCACCAGCUACCUACCUCCACAGGAAUACGAAAUGACUCCCAUGGUCAUCCCAUCCAUGGCGGCCAACUUGCUCCCAUUUCCCAUCCCAGUCCAAACCAACGACGUCUACGUCCAGCGCCCUCCGUCAACAUCCGACCAAGAACAAGGCAACAGCAGCGGCAACGAGAGCCAGACGCCGAAGAGAAAAACCUCCAGCGGGAAGAAACCGAGCCUCGUCUCUCUAGUCAGGGGCCGGCGGUCCGACAAAAUCAAAGGCAACAUCUCCGAGAUCAAACACAACCGAAGCCUUUCGCUCAACCGCUUCAGCGGCUCCAGGAGAGAGAGGCUCAAGACACUGCAGAGCCAGAGAAGCAAGGAGGUUUGAUGCCAACUCUGUUUAGACUCGAGGUUUGAUGGCAACUCUGUUUAGAAACGAGGUUUGAUGCCAACUCU